UGUAAUCUUCUCUCUUAUCCCCAUAUUAAUUCAGUGGCUAGCUCAGCAGUAAUGUGUUUUAAGCAAAAGGUCAGGCCAUAAACAUUUUCCACUUGGCCAAAUGCCGCGCAACACGAAAACACGAAUCAAAGCCAAGAGCCACCCUCGCAUGUGUAACUUUGGCCUGAGAUGUCAAAUAUUUAACAAUUUUACAAGGGAUCGAACAUGGAGAGAGGAAAAGGAUCUGGUUUUACCGAAGCACUUCAGGUAAUUACGUAGGGCACACAAGUCAGCAGGUCAGUCGGCGGGUCAACAAGUAAGCUACCUGUGCCCCAGAUAUAAAUAAUCCUGGCAAAGCGGAAGAGGACAUCAUUCACAGCUCUAACUGCCAAGCAGUCACAGCUCGCUCUGUCACAGAUUUCUGUCUUUAUUAAAAUCUAAAAGCAAAAUAAAGAUAAUCAUCUGAAAUGGAAAGCCAACGUAAUGCCGUCAGCCACCGACGCGGAGCUCGUCCGAGCGUGGGCUAUCUGCUGUUCCAGUACCAGAGCGAACUGACCCGCCGUCAUGCGGAACCCACGCGGCUGUCCCGCACCAAGAUCCACAUAAUCGAUGGCCUGGUAUCGCGCACCAUCCGCCACAUGAAGAACUGCAGCAUGGAGGACCUGAAGGCCUGCAAGAGGGAGCUCGUCUACAAGGAGCAGCUGUGCGCACAGCUAAAGACCAUGCGACGCAAACGGUCCUCCUCCGCCAACGACACCAAAAAUGGUGAAAAAGACAACAAGACUCAAGCCGCUGUAAGUGUCAAGGCGCCGAGUACUCCACCGAAACCCCGAUCCUCCCGUGGCGGACCCCCCAAGAUGGACAUCGUCGGACCGGAAAUCUUUGUCUAAGUCAAACUUAUUCUAUUGCAAUUUCAAAUUCCAUAGUCUAGAACACACUUAUCCUUAAUUGUUGACGAUUAAAAAUCAUAGAACAUGAUAUUGUACAUACACAAAAAUAUACUUAAACAAGAAAACAAAAUAAAUAGCACUUUAAAA